CCUUCAAUCUAUCGAGGUCCUCCGACGCCUGAGCUUGAAACAGCCUGGGACGAGUUGUGGAAUGUCGGAGGAAUCCGCAUUCCGGAGGAUAAAUUCAGUCGUUUGAAUCGCACACUGCCGGCAACCGGCGGCCAGACCUUUGUCGCGGUCAACGGCGAUGAAGGCGGCUACUUUGCGCUGGCCGAAGUCUUCCACCAGCUCCAUUGUCUCAACCUGAUCCGACAAUACACCUGGCGCGACUGGUAUCUCCGACACGAAGACAUUGUGCCGCUACCCGGCGACCUAUCCAAUGGACCCGUCGAAGCUCGCAUGCACGCCGACCACUGCAUCGAGACCCUUCGACUCAGCCUCAUGUGUCACGCGGACACGACUCCGAUGUUCAUCAUGGACGAUCCGUCCGUGCCGACCGGUAGAAAGGCGGACUUCAAUGUGCAUCACAAGUGCGCUGAUUUCGAGGCGUUGCGGCGGUGG